AUUAUAAUUAUUAUAAUUUUUAUUAUCAUUAUUAUAUUUUAAACCAAUCUUUUAUCUAAUAUAUACAUAGAUAUUUACAUAAUGUGUUUGUUUUCACCCACCUUUGGAAUAUUUCUUCACUUUAGGUUGCCUGAAAUAAAGUUGAACUUGAAACUUGAAAAGUUCAAUUUCCAAGUAUAACUAAUUUUAUAAUAUACCGAAAAAUCAAACAUACAUUAAUGACUAGAAGCACUUAAGGGGGAUUCUGUGUUAUCUAAAUGAACCACUGAGACACUAAAUUGCAUUGGGCUUAUAUUCAUUGGCUGAUUAACAUAGAUAUCUGCAGCUUACACACUACAGGGGUUCUCAAACUGGGAUCUAGAGACCCCCAGGGGGCUGAAAGGGGGUUUAAGAGGGUCUACAAAAAAUUGAGAGAAAAAAGAUUUUACAAAAUGUAUGUAAAAAGACAGACUUAAUACAAAGUAAUUUUUUAUUCAUUUUUAAACAUUUUGCUUUCACUUCAGUACAGCAUGAUACUUGCUGAAAAUUUACUCACCUUCAUGCCAUCCAAGAUGUAAAUGAGUUUGUUUCUUUAUCAGGUACAGAUCUGUAGAAAUGUAGCAUUACAUCACUUGCUCACCAAUGGAUCGUCUACAGUGAAUGGGUGCCGUCAGAAUGAGAGUCCAAACAGCUGAUUAAAAACAUUGCAAUAUUCCUUAAAUAAUCCACAUGUCUCCAGUCCAUCAAUUAUUGUCUUGUGAAGUAAAAGGCUGCACGUUUGUAAUUAACAAAUAUGUCAUUAAAGUUUUUUAACUUUAAACCAUUGCUUCUAGCCAAAAUACAAAUAUGUAAUAAUGCUUCCUCCAAUGAAAAAGUCCAUCCCUGCUUUCAUCUCACAUCAAAAUCCACUGACAUAUUUGUUUAGAACGGUUUUUGAGUUCCAAUGGUAUAAAAUUAAAAACGUCUUGAUGCAUUUAUAUAUUACAAACAUGCAGCUUGUGGGUCAUUGUGAUGUUUUUAUAAGCUGUUUGGACUCUCUUUCUGGCAGUACCCAUUUACUGUACAGGGUCCAUUGGUGAGCAGUGUUAUGUGUAAGAUGUUUGGUUGGUUCUACAUGCUUAAGCGCUGUUGCAGAUUUUAUUCUGUUGCUGCUUUAUUAAAUAACAGAAGUUGUUUAAAAUAUUGUGGCUUGUCAUCAGUUUGAGCCAAAUGUACUUUUCAUUUAUCUGAAAUCUCAAAUUUCAUGGAUUCAGAGGCCGCCAGAAUUAUGCAAUUACCAUGUUUUUGGGGUGUAAUGGAAAAGUAAUGUAGUGUACUAGUAGUGUAAUAAGUAUAUUACUUUUGAAUGGAGUAACAUUUUUUGAGUAACUAACCCAACACAGUUGGUGAGCAAGUGAAAUCAUUCCAAAUCUCGCCAAAUCUGGAUAUCUUGUAUGGUGUGAGGGUGAUGAAUGGAAUGAUGUGGUCAUGGUACGUGAGGACACAUCUGUCACACUGUCCUGCUUUGAUUCACCACCCACAUCUUCUGUACUGGUUACCUGGAAGAUGAUGUCAGCCAGGGAGGAUCGCUGGUCAUAUUUGUUAUCAGCCAACUGCAUCGAUGGACAAACAGAUGGACGCAGCAGCAGAGUGUUUGGAGGCAGAACAUUUGGGAUCUCUGCAGAUGCCUCACUGAUCUUCAUGGCCGCAGCAGCUGCGCAAGGACGCUACUCCUGUGUGAUAGAGAAGGACGACAAGAAGCUACAGGAGAGGACUGUUCUUCUCGCCCUGAUUAAAUUAUCUGUCACUCCCACGCCCCCUGUCACAGUGGACAGUACUGUGAGACUGGCAGCUCAGGUGUCUCCCUCCUCCGUAGCCGCCUGGGGAACGUGGGUGUCUCCCUCGGGUGAACAGCUACACACUGAAAUCUCCCAUGGCACAGGCAGUCUGCUCAGCAAGCUGCCUCGUGUCACCAGUAAAGACAACGGAGUCUAUACCUGCAGAAUCCGUGUCCAUGGUAACAGUGGCACGUCUAUCUCGGAGCACCGGGUGAACGUGACAGUGAACGUGAAAGCUGUGUUUUCUUUCACAGAUGUGACACAUGGAGUCCCAAGGUCUUUGGCAGCCCUCUCUCGUUCACUGGUCACUUUAACAUGUCCUCCUGUCCUUGCUGACUAUGUGCUACUCUACUGGGAGUAUCCUGAUUUAAGAAGAAUGGAGCUCAUAUUCCAGUUUGACCGCUGGAGGCGGAGCUACACCAACCAGACCAAACCCCACCUACAUUUGAAAGACCCCGCCUCCCUGGCUGCUGCUGGGAACUUCUCCUUCCUGUUAAGUCCAGCCGUGAAGGAUGGAGGACUCUACUUGUGCGAGGUCUUCCUGGAUGACAAGGCUUUCAGUCAAGCCAACAGACUGAGUGUUUUACAUGGAUACACCAAGUCAUCCCGCACCGCUCUGGAUCUGAGUUGUAUGUACUCAGAACGAUCUCAGGUUAAAGCUGUAAAGUGGUCGUAUGUUCAGGAUCCCAGACGCUUUCUGCAGUCAGCUGCUGUUUUGGGCCGGAUCACAACCUCUGUAGUGCUCCCUGUGACCCCUGAGACGGCGGGACAGUAUGCCUGCACUCUGUAUCUGAAAAAUGGAAAAUCAGUGCAAUAUAUGUACACCGUCACAAUGGCCAGUAUAGAUCCAACAUUUUCUCCAGGGCCUGCACUGCCACCUGCAGCAGGAGAUGUUUCAGCAUCCUCUUAUGUUUCCACCUUCUCAUUCCUCCUACUUCUGAUCCCCCUGAUUGCUGUAGCUGUUGGGGUGUUGCUAUGGAGACAGGGCUAUUGCGUCACCCGCCGAAGUGUCGAGCAAUCGCUAUCUCACCACUCCGGAGAGGUGGAGAACAUCUAUGAAAAUCCUGAUGAUCUAAGACAGCAGACACCUCCCCAAGGCGCAGUCUACAUGGAUCUCAAGCCAACGGGGGAAAUGGAUGUAUAUAAAGAAUUAGAUAGAUACAACCAGUGCUGUGGUUGAGUUUAUUAAACAUUUACAGUGAAACUGUAUUUGAAAUAAAACUUAAUAUGUAUAUGUGACUUGUGUCUUAACUUAUGACACUUAACUGUUCUUGUUACUAGUAUGGCACUGCUUCAAAGACUGUCAGAGGUUUCAAAAACGUUUUCUAAAUUUGUCUUUUCUUACUUUUUUCGUGUCUUUUUCAAUAGCAGUUUUUUUUAUAAUGUCAAUAAUAGUACACUGUAAGAAGAAAAUAUGUGAGGGAAAAAAGGGUACUAUGCAGAUAAAAUAAGGAUAUUUUCAGUUAAGUUUAUAGACCUUUUUUAACCCCAAAACACAAAUAAAUACAUUGCAUAAUUCAAAAUAUGUGGAAAACACCUGUGGAAAAAUGUCUGUAAAUUUGCCAUUUUAUGUAUUAUAAACAUAUUGUGCCUUGUAAAGUUACAUUAAACUCAUAUAGCAAUCGAUAACUGGUCCAGACUCAGUACUGAAAUACUUAUCCACAACACGAUUAUGAAAAUUAAAUAUUUCAUAAAAUAUUUAUGUAAAAAAAUUGAAUUAUUAUUUAUUAUAAAUAUUUAUUUUAAAAUACCAUUUGUUUAUAAUAAAAUAUUUAUUCAGUGUAAAAAAAUAAGUACACCAAUAUACAUAAAAUAAAUAUAUCAUGACGUUUCAGAAAAAAAUAAAAAUAAAUAAAUAAUUGAUUGAUAAAAAUAAAAAAAUAUGACGUGAGCAAAUAAAUAAAACUUAAUGCGUUAUUUAUGAUCACAUUUCAUGUAUUAAAUCGCUUUAUCUUUUAUGAUGCAUUUAUUUAUUUAUUAUAAAAUAAUAUUUGUAUUUACAUAUUUACAUAUAAG